GCGUCCGGAGCCCGGCAGCCCGGCAGCCCGGCAGGAAAGGGCGGGUCGAGGCCGCCGCCCACGCUCGCUCCUGCGGUCUGACACGGGCCGGCGCCGCGCGAGGGGCGGCAUGAGCGCGCGCUCGGGCCGGUGACCGCCGUGGCGAUGGAGUGCGGCUUCGUCGCGGGCGGGAGGCCGAAGCGUCCUACGGGCCGCCGGCGGCUUCUGCUCUUCCUGCCCUCCGGCCGCUGCGGAAGCCCGGGCGGCCGCGGCGUCCCGGCGCGCCACUGCCUAUCCGCGCUGCCGGGGGCUUUGGGGUCGCUGCGGCCCCGCGCCCCGGCGGCCCGCGGAGGAGCGUCACGUGCCUCCCCGCUGCUCCUCCUCCUGCUCGUGCCCUCCCCGCGCCUGGCCGCCGCCGCCUCUCCGCGCCGGCCCCUCGCGGAGCGGGAGCGCUCGCGCCCGGGGCCCUCCGUGCCCCCGGCCGGUCGCGGCGGCGCUGGGAGGUGCCUGCGGGGCCUCGCCCCGGGCGUCGCUUCGGCCGCGGGCCUCCUCCACCUGUGCCGCGGCCGGGUGGCCCCCGUCGCUUCCUCCAGGAGAGAACUAAGCCUGUCUGCUGGAAGCCUGCAGCUGGAACACAGGAGAGAUGUGGAGCACAAAAGAAGGGAGUUCACCUCUUGUGGGAACAGGAAGCUCUACUUCGACACCCAUGCCUUAGUGUGUUUACUCGAAGAAAAUGGGUUUACCACCCAGCAAGCAGAAAUCACUGUCUCUGCGUUGGUCAAGAUCACCGAUGCCAAUAUGGAUAUCGUCUACAAGGAUAUGGUCACCAAGAUGCAGCAGGAGAUCACUGUUCAGCAAAUCAUGUCUCAGAUUGCUAAUGUGAAAAAAGAUAUGGUUAUUUUGGAGAAGAGUGAAUUUUCAGCCCUCAGAGCAGAAAAUGAGAAAAUAAACCUCGAACUACAUCGGUUAAAACAACAAGUAAUGGAUGAAGUGGUCAAGGUCCGGACAGAUACCAAACUAGAGUUCAAUCUAGAAAAGAGCAGAGUGAAGGAACUGUAUUCGUUGAAUGAAAGGAAGCUGCUGGAAAUGAGGACAGAAAUGGUGGCAUUGCAUGCCCAGCAAGAUCGGGCUGUCACCCAGACCGACAGGAAGAUAGACACUGAGGUCGCUGGCCUCAAAACCAUGCUGGAGUCGCACAAGCUUGAUAACAUUAAGUAUUUAGCAGGGUCUGUAUUUACGUGCCUAACAGUAGCUCUGGGAUUUUAUCGCCUGUGGAUGUAAUAAAGUGUCUGUUUAAAGAAAUCCUUAUCGUUCUGCCUUAAGAAAACCAGACUGCUGUCCUUGCCCGCCCCCUCCCCCAUUUCCAGAUUUUAACCCUGGUUUCGAUUUAACAUGUAUUAUUUAUUUUAUGCAGGGUAUGGACAUAUGACCAAGGAAAGGAGUCAAGAAUUUCAUAAUUGUUCCUUUCGUCUUUUCUGUCUAGUUGGCUUUGUAACGCUGAGCGGUGGUGGACAAAGCGUGGGAGACCCCGCUCAGCUGGACCAGUGAACUUGGUCUAACCUGUGGGACAUAUCAACAGUAAAUAUUUGCAUAAUUCUCCACAACUUUAAAUCUUUUGUCAGAGGACGUGGGGGUCUCAGCGUCUUCACUGAGUGCUGAAGAAUCACCGAAACUGAACCAAGAGCACCAAAUCCUCUUUACCUGAGGACCCGGUCCUUCCCCUCAGCCAGUCCCCACAUUAGGGUAACUGUGUUUCAGGCCCAGUUGUUUGGGGUGUUAAUGAUUCCCCUCUCCUGUCCACCCAAAGCAGAUUUUUUUCCUCUUCAUUUCCAUUGUCUUUGUUAUUGUCAUGGUUAUUUUUUACGUGCCUUCCAGCUAGAAAAUCUUGUGGCCUAACGAAGUUUUGUAAUGGUACUGGGGACUCUCUUUUACCUCCCAGAGUGCUAGGUUUCUCUCCCACCCUCUCACUUAAGUCUCCAUGAUGUGAGAACCGUAAGGUAACUCCCAUUUGUGGCAUUGCCUACCUAGAAAACGCGCUAAUUCUCGGCAUGGAAGUCUAGUUUGUGCAACACGGUCUCCUUCCUUCUGGUCUUCAUCUGCUUUGCAUGCAAGAGAACCACUCAGUUUUCCUUCUGCAGCAGUAUCUAGAUCUUUAGAUAGCGGAUGCACUUUUUACACAAGUCUUUCUUUAAUGAAUAUGCUUGGAAGUUAGAGAACCGUCAUGCCGGCUCAUCGUCCAAACCUGGGUCUAUUCCUUUGGUUGUUCAGGACUUUCUUAUACGUACCUUACCUCUGGUUUUUAAAACAAAUAAAUGCCUAGAUACCGACAGGGUCCUUUUAGAGAAGCACAUUCUCAUGUUAUUUGAAUGACUGAUGUGGGAGAGGAGAAGCAUUUUUAAAAGGAGGACACGGAGACCAUGUUUUCCAUCUCUCCACACACGUGUGCACACGACCUGGUACGGUGGAGAAGACAAGUGUCGCUCAAACGGGUGGAAUAAAUCACCCACCGUCACUGUUGGCAGACAAAUUACCUUUGUCCUUUGGAUGUCAUUUCGAAACUUCCGGAAAUGUAAAUCGUUGUCUUUUUUCAAAACAUAGGUUUAGCACAGAGAUUCUGAACUCCAAAUAAGCAUGAAAAUCAAGUACUUUGGCAUUGGUGGUAUCGGUUUCAAAGUGAAUGUAAUGCAAUCGUUUUCAACUUGAUCCAGAAUUCUCUCAACUGCUCCAUAAACUACUGUGGCACUACGUUCUUCCCCUUUCAGGGACGGAGCCCCAGAAAAUACUGCACAUUUAGCAAUUGCCUUAAUUAUUAAAGAUUCAAGUAAAUGACAUCCCAUUAAGACCACGUUUGCCACUAAAUGUAGAUACAACUUUCGUUAAUAAGAACUUGGAGAGAGGGCCUGGAGCACAGACACUCCUCCAAAAUUAAAAGAAUCCCCAAGAGGCACAAGCACUGUAGGCAAUUACGUUUCAGAGCAAACAGUAACUCGUGUAGGUUAAAAACAAGUGAGGUGACCUUACUUCCCGGUAAAAUAUGUUUUUAAGUGACAUUCAGUGGGGUAACACUCUUUCAUCUGCCAGAAAGUACUCCAAGUGACAUCCCCACUGUUGUGCAGUAGUGGGCUGCGUCAGGCCCUGGAUCCGGGGCCUUGGAUUUUGCCCUGUCGUCGUUUGCAGCACAGGACAUCCCCGCAACCUUGGGAACAAUGAACUCGCCUUUGGGUGGCUCAGGUUGCGUGCGUCCGUGGAGGUUACAAGGGUUCGGGACCGUGUUCUCUUUGUUUGGUCAGAGGUCUUCUAUGGGAAAAGCAUAUGGGCCAGAAAUACGAGCAUGUCCUCCCCGCUGCUGGCUGGCCCAGGCUUCUGAGAGCAGCGUGACCGUUCCCUGAACUAGCCUGGCUCAGAGGGAUUCAGAUCACUUGGGGAUUUAGGCCUUCGCCUAAUUUCUAAUCUCAGGAAGGGGGAGGAUGCCCGGCCCAACUCGCAGGGAGCCCGUGUCCGGGCCCUGGGGAGUUAACCAGAGCUGAGAGCUGCCAACACGCCCCUGUGGAUACAGGUGCCUGAGCUACGCAUGCCCAAGGCAGGGCAUCGAACGGACGGGCUCCGUCUCCUUCGAGGCUGCCUCUGCAUUCCUGCCUCCUCCUCCCACCUGCCCUGGUUUUUUUUUUUUUUUUUUUUAAAGAACCUAAACUCCAAAUCGACUCCUUUCCUGCUCCAUUAGUAAGCAAAACCUGCCUGUCUCUACGGUUCUUUCCAGGAAACAGCAAUUUGGUCUCGGGGCCGUUCUUACCCCUUCGGCCGGUUUUCCAGCUUCGUCUCUAACAGAACCAAACCCGAAUGUAUUCAUUUUUUCCCUCAAGUACGCCAAGGACCUCAGUUGAGAAGUCAAGUUCGAGAAGAAAGGCUUGACUCAAACCAGACAUCUCGCUGGAAUUUGUCUCGGGAACACUCUAAAAAUAAACACCCUGAGCCACAGCGAACAUGUCCCUGCCUGGAUUGGCCCCGGCUCAGCUCGUGCCCUUCCCUUUGUAGCUGCCCUUAGUGACAGGAGCCUCGCUUCUGUGUCUCUCGGCCUCCUCCCCGUCCCUGCCUCUGCCUGUGCAUUAACCAUGUCAGCACCGGCCCAGCAUUUCUCUUCCACCCCACCAUGCUCCGUUGAACCUGUCGCCGUCCUUUGCGAACGAAUCUAGAACUCCCGUCUAGGAAACUUCGGCCUUAACGUACGUGUAUCAGAUUUGCAGCUUUUCUGACACUAGAGCAAGAACGUGUUAAGCGGAAGCUAUUCCUUCUGUAUUCUCUGUGUUUGAGAAUGUCGAGCCUUUUGUUGCACUUCUAUUUUGAAAAUACCUGUCCUGCUGAAGAUUUACACUCCCGUUCCUCUGAUUACAACCCAAAUCAUUUAUUAACCUUUUCGUUACUUAAGCAAACACUCAAUUCCAUUUUAUUGUAGAGUGGGUAUAAUAUCUUUAUUAUCUGAAGUAAAAUAUGUGAUUGUUUCUGUGUGACUACUUUUCAUUCAGAUUUUUCAAUGAAUGGAGCAGAACUAGAUCAACCUGUGUCUGCACUGUAUUUUAACUGUUACUCCCUCCAAUUGUAUAGGGUAACGUUGGUGUAUUACAAGAAAAUCUAAUACCCCCAAGAUUGGGUUUGUAUAGACGACAACCUGGGAAGUGCUUAUUUGAUUUACAAAAUAAAUUUUUUUAUUGUUCAAAAGAA